AUGGAGAAUUCCAAGAAAGGAAAUGUUCCUUUCCAGCAUGGAGUUCAUCUUUCCAAAUCUCAAUGUCCUUCAACACCAGAGGACAUUGAAGAGAUGAAGAGGAUUCCUUAUGCUUCAACUAUAGGGAGCCUAAUGUAUGAUAUGUUGUGUACAAGCCCAGAUAUUUGCUAUGCAGUAGGAAUGGUGAGUUGUUACCAAUCAAACCCAAGAAAGCUGCAUUGGAAUGCUAUGAAAGGUAUCCUUAAGUACUUAAGAAGGACUAAGGAUUACUUCCUGGUUUAUAGGUGUGAUCAGUUAUCAGUCGUUGGAUAUAUAGAUUCUGAUUUCCAAACUGAUAAAGAUGAUAGAAAGUCUACACCCGGUUGGAGACCUGUGAGGCUUUUGAUUAAAGUAGUCCUUUCACAUUUGGAGAUAUCACAGUUGUCCCACCAUUUGACAUUGAAAGAGCGGCAAAGAACUGGAGCAAUCGAGUCAUUUACCUGA